GGUUUUUGGUGAUUUGGACUUGGUGUUUGUUGCGGCCCUUCGAGCCGGCCGUAACAGUGCUGAACGAGUCCCGAUUGGUAGAGACGGGAAGAUUUGACUAACAUGAAACCGAAAGUAACUAAAUCACGAACAAGCAGUUCGUUUUACACAGCAACACGGAAAGGACUUGGCUGUUCAUUUAUUUAAAUUCACUUGCAUUAAGGAGAAAAAUGGCAUCUGUCAUCUGGAUUCUGUCUGUAGUAUUGUAUGCUGAAUUCAUGUGUGCAGUGUCUGCUGACAGGUUGUUCUCCCUGGAUUGCCAGGAUGAAAACCAUGGUGUCCAUGGCAAGGAAUCUUUAUUGAAAUGCUUUCUGAAUUCUGGUGGGAGAAACGAGACAGUCUUACGGGCAUCAUGGUGGCAGCCAGGAGGGAAGCGUCCUUUAAUAAUGUUUAUAAAUAACAAAGUUCUAGAGCCGGAAGAUGCACGAUUCUCCUUUAAGCAGUUACAGAUGUCUGGCAGCAGCAUAGACGUGUCCUUUCUGGUGAGAGAAACAUUGUGGACAGAUGAAGGGAAAUAUGAAUGCGAAGUUGCAACUGACAGCGGUGAAGCCAAAGCUGUUGUAAGCCUUUCUGUCACAGCCACUUACUCCAAACCAGACAUGAGCUCAGUUCCGGAGAAGUACCUUCAGGAGAGAGUGGAAGUCACAGCUCCGGGGAAGGUGGAGGGAGACAGCACAGCACAGACGGGCAGCACGGCCAUUGCGGUAGUCUCCGUCAUCAUUGGAUUUCUGCUGUGCGUCCUGCUGAUUUUGGCUCUGUUGCGCAGACGGCGCACUCAGCGUGAGGCCGGAGCGACCAGAGGAGGGAGCUGUUGGAGGAGCCAUGGGGGGAAUGGACGGAGAGGAACCAGAGCUGAGGAGCAUCUUGAAGGAGGCUUCCCUGCAGGAGCUGAGGGAUAUGUUCUGAGCACACCUGGCGAUGUAGCAGGCCCAAGACAGCCGUCUGGACCUGGAGGCAACCUGACAGGAGGCACGGUGGAAGGCCCUUCAGCACCAAUUCAGUCUUCAGUCCAUGUCAGGACCACCCCUGUACCAGACCAGAGGCAGGGAUCUAGGACACCAGAGGACACCUCUUCCCAAGUGGCUAGCUCCUUCUCCUAACCUGGAUGGCCUGAAUGGUCAAGGUGGUAGACAGCCUGGGCCUCCUCAGGGGCUGCCAGGAAACCAAGGUUUAGGACAGUUAAGGGCUCUGCAGAAGCCACGCCUACAGCAGCUAACUGAUGCUGAUGAUAUAGGGCAUUUUCUUACAGCAUUUGAGAGGAUAGCAACGGCGUGUCGGUGGCAAACAACCGACUGGGCAGAGAGAAGUGCCUACUGCGUACGAAGCAGAACUUUUUGAGCAAAACGAAGCAAUUGGAACAACUGACAAACAAAAAGACGCGGUGUUGUGUGUU